CAACCAACGUGGCUGGGGGAGAAACCCAUGGCAAAGCCACUUCAAGCGAGGGCGCAGCUGCUGGACCUGUCCUUGCGGCUAAUGGUGCAACUACAGCUACCGCUGGUGCGAUGACUUUUACCAUUAACUUCAACAUAUCAGGUGCUAGCUCAACAUUUCUUCCACAGCUCUUUGGUCAAUUCAUGAACCAGAGGGCUCUGUGUGAGACUGCCAAACAGAAUGAAUUUCAGUCUGCCCGAGUAGUGGAGAUUGAUUCUGCCCCAGUGGAGAUUGAUUCUGCCCCAGUGGAGAUUGAAUCUGCCCCAGUGGAGAUUGAAUCUGCCCCAGUGGAGAUUGAAUCUGCCCCAGCAGUCGAAGAAAUUGAGCCGGCUUGUGUGGUUGUUGAUGAGCCCGAAGUUACUUCCACUGAGCCUGCGGAGGUUGUUGACCUUUGCCGGUCACCAAGUCCCGAUUUCAGCUUCUUGCAAGAUUUCUCUGAUAAUGAAGAAGCUGCUGUUGAUGAUCCUGACGAGGACGAUUUCCUCCCUUCUCGGAACAUACGAAUGCCUUCGCCGCCUUUGUGUCCUCGUCCGAAGAGAUCACUGUCUCUCUCUGGGCGAAGUGAUGGAAAACGGCCAAUGCUUGCAUCUAACUACAGAUUUGGUCACUCAUCUCAGCAGUCUACCAGUAUUGCUGUGAACAGCUUGGCCCAGGCUAAGGCCCUGGCAUCCAGUAGUGCCAGCAACUCUGCGAGAAGGACUUCUGAGUCUGCUAUGAGUUCUACAGAGCAAGGGAACUUAGUGCAGGCCAGGGCUGCCAUUGCAUCCACGUCUACAGCUGGGUCAGCAGGUCGCAGCUUCAAGCCUGACAACUUGGCCAUGGCAAGAGCUGCUAUGUCAUCAGCUUCUGGGUCGGGUACUCAGUCUGAAACUACUGGCAUGGCAUCAGCUUCUUCUGCUUCUGCAAGCAGCAGUAGGCCGCUGGACGUGAGCAGGGCCAGAGCUGCAAUGGUGGCGAUGGCGCAGUGGCGCCCAAGAACUGCCCCAGCUGCCGCCCCAGCUGCCUCUGCUCAAGCAGCCGCUGGAGCAGCCCCAGCUAUUGAAGAAGCCGCAGCUCCCGAUGAAGCAGCCCCAGCCCCUGGUGCUCCGAACAACCCUGAGCCACCCCAGCGGUCUGGUAUCUGCUCAGUUUGCCUAGAGAAGGAGGUGGAGGCAAUGCUGCGCUGCAAGCAUUUGUUUUGCAUUCCAUGCUUGCAAGCGUUAAAAGCUCAUGCUUUUAAUUGUUGUACUGCUGCCCUUCUGUACUUAUGGGUUGUUCUACCUUUGUUUGUUUUUGUAAUGACUUUUCUACAUGAUGGUUUUUCUCAAUAA